AUGCCACGUAAGCUACGUAAGAAUAUACGUAAGAGGAAGAGAGCAUUGAAACAUCCAAUAGUAAAACUGACACCACAACAACAGUUGCAACAACAAAUGCUGAAUGACCCCACUAUGUUGCAACAAAUGUCAAGCAAUCCUAUGCUUUUAAACCGAGUUUUUGGUGCACAGAGUGGAGGUUUAAGAGCGGCACUUUUAGCGAAAAUGGCAGGCUAUGGUGGAGCUGCAGACGGAACAGCCUAUAACCCUCAAAGUCAAAUGAAUUUGAGUUCACUCAAAAAUCAAAUAUCAGAUGUCAAAAAGUCAAACAUAGACAUACAGAAGCAAAUAAGUGAAAACGAAAAGAAACUAGAAUAUGACAGACACACAAAGAAACUCAAUGAGUUAAACGUAGAGAAAAAGAAGAAAGAAGAACAACUGAAAGAACUAAGUACAGAGGAAUAUGCGAAAAAAGUGUCAGAAAAAGCAGCAGAAGUAGCAAAAAUGGAACAAGAUGUUAUAAAUUUGAAAAACCAUACUACUCAAUAUAAAGUACUGAAAGAUGAAGAAAUAAAACAAAAAGCCCUGAAGACAUAUAUGGAUAGCGAUGAGUAUAAAAAAGAAGUUGAAGCAAAUGUAAAGGCAGAAAAACUUUUACAGUUGCAAAACCAAACCGUACAGUAUGAAAACUUAGCACAAGAAAGUAAAAAUAACGACGCAGCCAUGCAAAAGGCAAUGAAAAGCGCAGAAUAUAUAAAAGCUAACAAUGACUGGUUAGAUGCCCAAGCCAACGCUAAAGCAGCCCAACUUAUAGGGUCAAUAAGGACAAAAAUACAAGCGGAUGAAGACAGUUCAAAUGAAGCUUUAACAAAUGCUGACUUUAAGAACGCCUUCGAAGCUCUUCAUAGUAAGGUGAAACUAGUGAACGACUUCUCAUCUGGAAAGAAACUGAAGUCUGAAGGUUUCGACAAAGAGUUAAGAGAAGUAGCACAAAAUAUGACGAAAAUAACAGAUGCAGCAACGAGACAGGCAGUUCAAAGUGCCUAUGACGCCGUUAGAGCAACUGUUGUGGAAAGUCAAGAAAAAGAGUUACAACAGACCAAAACAGACCUAGUAAAUGCUUUCUUAAAAACGAAAAGUCAGGUAGGACAUUAUGCUGCAGAUGGAACAUAUGUGCCAGCUGGUGGAACUUAUAUACCAGCUGGUGGAACUUAUAUACUAGCUGGUGGAACUUAUAUACCACCAAACCCUCCAAGAGAAGCACCUGCACCAGGACUACCUAAAACAUUUACAUCGUCACAUGGACACAGACACAGGCAUGCACCAAAACCAACACAACAACCAACACAACAACCAGCACAACAACAACAACCAGCACAACAACCACCUCCACAACCAGCACAGCAACCAACAGUUCAAAACCCUGCACAACAACCACCUCCACAACCAGCACAGCAACAACAACCACAAACAGAGCAAGGACAUAAAAGAAGUAGAGAACAAGGAAACCAAGAAUUCUUAAAAAUGCUUAAAGAAGACUAUGGUUACCCAGAUACUCUUGACUUUA